AUGACUGUUCUGGAUGAUAAUCACAAUAGUAUUGAACUGCACACUAUACAAACAGCAAAUGUUCAAGAAAAUGAUAUUAUUCAAAUUAGUGAAUAUAAAAUACCUGAUGAUCCACAUGAUAAAAAACUUCUUCGGAAACUUGAUCUUCAUCUUAUUCCAACAAUGACAUUACUUUAUCUAUUAAGUUAUCUUGAUCGAGUUAAUAUUGGACAAGCAAAACUCGAUGGUCUCAUGGAAUCAUUAAAACUAACAAGUGCUCAAUAUAAUGCAUGUCUUAGUGUUUUCUUUAUCACUUAUGUUGCGUUUGAGAUUCCAUCAAAUCUUGUUCUUAAGAAACUAAGACCAAGUCGGUGGAUACCAAUGAUUAUGAUUGCAUGGGGUAUAGUAAUGACGUUGAUGGGUCUUGUACAUUCUUAUGGUGGUCUUCUUGCUUGUCGACUCGUGCUAGGUGCAGCUGAAUCUGGUCUUUUUCCAGGUGCUGCGUUUUAUUUAUCUAGUUGGUAUAGAAGACGUGAGUUAUCGUGGAGAAUAAGUAUACUAUUUUCUGCAGCUGCAUUAGCUGGUGCAUUUGGUGGUGUUCUUGCUUUUGGUAUCAGUCAGAUGAGAGGUAUAGGUGGACAAGAAGGUUGGCGAUGGAUUUUUUACAUUGAAGGAAUGAUGACUGUUCUUGUCGGUGUAGCAGCUUUCUUUCUGAUCAAUGAUUUUCCAUCGGAUCGACCGAAAUUCUUAACGGAAGAAGAAUGUGACCGAACAAUUACUCGAUUACAAAGUGAUGCUGGGCCUGGAGCUGGUGAACACUUCAGUUGGAAACAAGUUCGAGCAGCAUUUCUCGAUUGGAAAAUCUAUAUGUUCUGUUUGUGUUAUAUCGCUAUUACUGAACCAUUCUAUUCUCUUUCACUUUUUUCACCAACUAUUGUUCAAAGUCUUGGUUUUCAAAGUUACCGUGCACAGCUUAUGACAACACCUCCAUAUGUAUUUGCAUUCAUUACUACAAUGACAACGGCUUAUUUUUCUGAUCGAUAUACAAGACGUGCUGUUUUUAUUAUGUUUUGGUUAAUAGUGGUUAUUAUUGGUUUUAUUAUUUUGAUUGCUUCACAGAAUCUAAAUGUUAAAUAUUUUGCUGUAUUCUUAACGGCGGGUGGUAUUUCACCAUGUAUGGCUACGUGUAUUGCUUUUAUCUCGUGCAAUAUUAGUCCACAUACAAAACGAGCAACUGCAUUAGCAUUUAUGUUAUCUGUAGGUAAUAGCGGUGGAGCAAUCAGUGGUCAAAUCUAUCGAUCUCAAGACGGACCUCGUUUUAUUCUUGGUCAUGCAAUCAAUCUUGGAUUUUGUGUAUUAGGAUUAAUUAGUGUUAUUAUAUUAUUUAUUAGUCUUCGAUUAGAAAAUCAUCGUCGUGAUCGAUUAUAUGGUGUUGUGUCUAGUAGAAAUAGAAAGAUAAGUGUUAUAACGACAGAGUUGAAUAAAGAAGUUGUUGAUGUCUGUGGGAUUGGAAGCGAAGAAGAUCGACGAAAGUGGGGCUAUGAACAUAUGUCAGAAGAAGAAAUUCGGGAUUUAGGUGAUAGACAUGCUACUUGGCGGUCACCUACAAAAUCUGUAUUACAUAUUGCUAAACUUAUACGAGGUGAACUAACAGCUUUAACUGAUAUACAAAUUGCUGUACCAGAUGAUGGUUAUGUUCGAGUUGGUUAG